GGCACUAAGAAGAAAAAGGAAAAAAGGCCUUUCUCAGGUUUCUCUGCUGUUGACGUAUAUGGUUAGGAUUAGACAUACAAGAAAAUAUAAUCAAUUUCACGACGUCGCAGAAAUUUGAGGAUUUAUCCAUUGAGAGAGAAAGAAGAUAUUGUGAUAAUUGAGGAAAUAUGUCGAAAGUAUUGGACGAAGAAUUGAAGCAAGCUUUCUCAAAAUUGCAAGAGAAGAUGGUAGAUACUAAGCAAAAAUUAAAGUUGGCUGAUAUACAAAUCGAGAAAUUACGGCGUACAAAGCACCGAGCAGAACUCACCACAAAGGAAAUUAGCAGCUUACCUGAGGAUACAAGAAUGUAUGAGUCUGUCGGUCGAAUGUUCCUCCUAGAUAAUAUGAACAACAUUAAGGAGAAUUUGGAUAGUAGAACAAAAACAUCUGAUGAAAAGAUCAAGACGCUAGAGAAUAAUAAAACGUAUCUACAGCGGAGUUUGAAGGAAAGCGAAAAUGAAAUCAGAGAAAUGAUUCAACAAAAACAGAGCAAGGAGACUUCGGGUUAAAACUCGCGUAUCAAUGUGUGAAUGUGCUAUUUCAGCUUUUUCUCAUCAAUAUCUUUUGAAUCUUUCGGAAUAUUAUUUGAAAUAUGUAUCUGUAAAUAUAUAUCGUAACAAAUCUAUA